AUGUCUAUUUCAAAAAUACGAGUAAAAUCGGCCGUAAUAAAACAUAAUGACAAGACCAGCAAAGAAACAACUACAACAACAAAAACCACAACACUACCACUUAAGGGAACAAAAAAUCCAAUUACAACAACCACAGCAUCUACAACAUUUGAAACAUCAUCAUUAUCCACCCCAUUUACCAGAGGAUCACCCAAAACAAAUGACCAAAAUAAAGCCAAAAUAUUACCAAUGUCAUCAUCAUCAUCUUCAGCAAUUGCAACAACAAAUAAACAAGGAAAAGCUUUAAAUGCAACUACAACAACAGCAGCAGCAGCAUUAGCAACAACAUCUUCAACAACAACAUCAUCAACAACAACAACAAUUUUACCUCAAACAAAUUUGCUGAAAAUAGAACCAUUUGUUCCUAGUCUUACAAAUCGACCACAAAAAACUAUACGACGUUCUUAUAGUACUUUAUCGAAUACAACAUUAAAAAAACACAAUAUCCAGCAUGUAAAUAAAAACUUACUUAAUCAACUAGAAAUACAAAAGCACGCAAAAACCUUAAAUGGCGCAAGAGUUGCAGGCAAUAUUAAGGGAAUAAAUAGUGUAAUUAACGGCUUGCCCAAAGUAUUAAGGCAGCCGACAACGGCAACAACGUUGCGCAGAAGACCUGCCUUAAGAGGUCCCAUUAACCGACAACGUUCCAAGUCGACUUCAUCAUCAAACUCCAAUUCGAAUCGUCCCAUUACAGCGGGUGUUGCUGUAAGUGCAACACCAACAGGCGGCACUCCUUGUGCCUCACCAUAUUCUGCCAUAGUAGUACAACAACCGAAUGGCAUCUGUCGCAUACAGCGCAAUGCCAAAGAACAAGAAAAGCUACCAGAUCGUAUAAAUUACGAUAAACGUGGUCUGACCGCGAUACCCAUAUUUGAGAAUGAAACAAAUCUAAGAUUGUUAUCUCUGCAACAUAAUCUCAUAAAUACAUUUCACAUACCCCAAGAACAAGACGAACUGCUGGAGGAGGAGAAGGAACAACUAAAUAUUUUAGGAAACCAAACUCAUCAACAUCAUCAGCAUUUUUACAAUAACAAACAGAGAUUACCUUUGGCUGUGGCCAAACCAAAUGUAGAACAAUUGCAACCACAAGUACCUGGCCAGUUGAUGUUGCCUUUGAAUGCACCACCCCUAACAAAUCCCAUGACUUUUGGUAGCUACAUAUUGCAACGCAACAAACUGCUGCACAGAUCUAUUAAUAUGAACAAUUGUCAAGUGAAUAACCACAAAGGCAACUUGCAACAUCCGGCUCAAUUACGUUUUAGCAUGCGUAAAUCAAAAAGUUUUGUUAGCAACUUAAAUUUGCAGUUAAAUUUAACUAAACGUGCCAUGCAAAAUCAAAAGACCGCUUUACUAAGAAGAUCUGAGGCAAUGGGCAACUUAAAAAGUUUCGAUUCUUCCACCAGCAACAUAACAACAGAUUCUACACAAUCCACCUUAUUAACAACCGAGGUAGAUGAGUCUCUAGUGGAAGAUGAGGAAGAGGAAGAUAGACGCUCUACCUCAUACUCCCCUCUGGCAAUUAAGAACAAACAAUUAAUCAUAAGUUAUGAUAAUAUCUUUAAAAAUUUAGUGUUUUUGGAUUUGUAUGACAAUCAAAUAGAACGUGUCUCAAAUCUGGAUGGUUUGCCAGCCUUAACAGUACUGCUGCUAGGCAAAAAUCGUAUAUCAGACAUCUCGGGUCUUUGUUCCUUAAAGUCAACUCUGCGUGUCCUAGACCUACAUGGCAAUAAAUUGUGCUCGAUUUCCAACAAAAUCAACUGUCUUAAGGAGUUAAAGUCACUUAAUUUGGCCGGCAAUCAAAUACGACAAAUUAAUCACAAUGACUUUAUGGGGCUACACAAUCUCAAGGAAUUGAAUUUGAAACGCAAUAAACUGAAACGUAUAAAUGGUUUUCAACAUUUGCUGGCAUUGGAGCGCUUAUGGUUGUGUCAUAACGACUUGCACAAGGUGGAUGAUAUGUCAUCGAUAGCCAAGGCUCAAAAUUUAGUUGAAAUAACCAUAGAAAAUAAUCCCUUAACACUGGCCGGCGAUUGCGUGUCGUUUCUAGUCAGUUACUUACCCAAAUUACAAACACUUAGUCAAAUGCCCAUCACCGAACAGGUGAGAAAAGCUGCCAUGACUUGGCGUACUAAUAAGGAAUUAUCGGAUGCUAAUUGCAACCUUAGCAACAGGGAGGUAUUCAAUAUUAUACGCAGAGAAGAAAUCAUAUCGAAUGCCCGAACCAAUUGGGAACUCUUAAGGUCACAGCAAAUGGUGCAAAACUCUUUAAAACAACAGAAGGCAGCAAAUAAAACCAAUACGGAGUUGGAAAAAAUAACGGAAACCAAUGAAAACAGUUAUGAGGAAUUUAUUAAAUUACCACCCAUCGAGAGUCAGCAAAUUGGCGGUGGGCCAAACAAUAAAGAUACUGAGGAACGUUCAUCUUCUGCUUCGAGUUUGGGACCAAAUGUAAAUUCAUCUUCCAGCUGUUAUAGUUCACAAGACGAAGAUGACACUGGGGUUAUAGGUAAAGCGGAGAAACCAUCAAAUCACAUUGAUAAACCACCACCAACAUCAUUGUCGUCUACAGAAAUAGCAACCCCAACAAUAGCGCUAGCUAGCAACUGUGCACCCACAUUAAAUUUACAAUUUCCUAUGGAAACUAACAGAGUGUCAGCUAACCAACAAAAUCAAGCAGUCACAUCAGCAGCAACAUCCGUAUCAUCUUCAAUAUCCUUCACACAAACAACAGCAACGACAACUGCAACGGUAUCAUCUUCUAUGGCAGUUGUUUCUCCAGCAUCAUCAGCAACAUUUACUAAACGCUAUAUGACGGGUAGUUUAAUGAGAUCUCAAACAAUUGUGGGUACAGUAACAGGUGCAGGUGGUAUUGCUGUGGGUGUUGGUUUUGGUGGCAACAAUGGUGGAGGUGGAGGUUAUACAAACGGAUAUACGGUUAAAACAAAUACCGUUGCCACAGCGAAUAACAUACGUUACCAAAGUAAACUGAACCCUAAUGCGACCACUCAAACAGCUGCAAUAACCACACUUCAGCAAACAAUAACAACAGCAGCAGCAGCAACAAUAACAACGACAAUGAUGACGACUACGACGACAACAACAGGUUAUUCUAUUGCUAGUGCAAUAGCUAGCAACUACACAAACAAUAGCUUAAUGGCAUCAUCUAUGAAUGCCAACAAUACAAGCUUAACAUCGAAUACCAAUAAGACUUCGGUUACAGGAGCCUCUAAUAGUAUUACAGGUAUUGCAACAGCAGCAACAACAUCAUCAUCAACUGGUCCCUGUGGUGCCACUUCAACUAAAUUAACAGCUAUUGAAAGAGAACGCGAGCAGGGUGGCGACUAUUUGAUCGAAAUUUGUGGUCGUUAUUUAAACAUUUAUGGUCAGGGUGCUUUACGUUUCAUUGACAAACAAUGGAAUCCCACAAAAGCUAAUGAUGUUCAUACCUUAAAUUUCAGCUACAUAAACUUCAACAAUAUUGCCUCCAUACUGGGGCGCAUUAAGGUGAGAUUUACACAUGCUGAGAAUUUUGUAUUUCGCGAAACGAACAUCAACUGUUUGGGCCAGCUGAAUGCAUUGGCCGAACUGCAGGGCAUCAGUUCGCUGAGCAUCGAUGAAGAGGGUAAUCCCAUAACCAACAAGGACUUCUGGCGUCAAUAUGCCAUCUAUCGUCUGUCGCAUUGGGGUCUCAAGACCCUCAAUAGUAUGGAGGUUACAGCACAGGAAAUUGAUAAAGCCAAUUCCAUUUAUGCCGGUCUCUCGGAUCUUAUACUUUGGUCUAUGCCAGAUGCCAUGCUACAGCCAUUGCUAACACGCCUACGUCUAGACGAAUCUUGUACGGCCAGCAAAUUGUUGCCCAAACAAUGGCUGCGUAAACCUGAUAACAAAUCGUUGCGUUUAGUUGUGGGUAAAGAAGCUUUACAGUGGAAAAAAUCAAAUAAUCCUGAAUGUCAGCACCUACCCACACCCCAGCAGGUACGUCAUCUACAAAAUCAAUACUAUAGCGGUGACACGUUAAACACAAACUACAACCAAACUUUGGCAUCAUCCGCCUCGUCAUCAUCCGCUGCAAUGAUGACAUCCCCAAAUGUUGCUUUAACGACACGUGAACGUGGUAAAAUACAUUUUACCUUAAUGAUGGAAAAUACAUGUAAUGCGGUUGAGAAGCUACAUAAAUUGGAACAAAUAUGGCCCACCAUGCUGCUGAGCAUUGUACGCAAUACCUUAUUAGACUAUUCACAAUUGGAUGUCUACAUACGUAAUUUAAUGGCGGAAAUAAUGAAGUAA